AUGCGCAAUAACAAUCGCCGAGCGCGCGUGGGUGUAAAAAAAUUGGGACAGGUUGCGAUCUGCUUCUGCACGGCUCGUUUAGGCCCGGGGUCGGCCAAUAUCCAGCGACGCGGCGGAUGGUCAUGGAGGAUCCAGGGCACUGCGUUGCGCAGCUACGCGACUGCAGCAAUCUCUCCGCCGUAAAGAGAGCGAUACAGAGCGCGGACGAAGCGUGGACGGAAGACCUUAUCGAGCACGGCGGACUGGCGGCCAUUCUCGACUGCCUCUCCGUACUGGGAGAGACAGAUGUGGACAGUCUGAGCGACGCCCUCCCGCGGCUGGAGGUCGUAUCGUGUCUCAAAGCCGUUCUCAACUGCCGGUACGGGCUGGAGUGCGUCAUACGCCGCGGGGGCAAGGAAGGAAGUAUGGUAGGAAAGAUUGCUCUAGCCCUCAAUACAGACAACAUACUGCUAAAGAUUCAGAUAUUCCUUGUCCUCUCUGAUAUAUCCAAGCACUGUCAAGAGGGUCUGGAUGCCACUCUGGAAGCACUGGACUACUACAAGUGAGGAAUCAGCACUACUCCGCUAUUUAUAAGGCUCCACAAAGCCACAAAGAUUUGGAAGGUUCGUUCAAAACACCUCCAAAAUGUGCAACGGGUUUAAGUUGUGUGUGAUCAACAACAAGUUUCAAAAGGCAGUGGCAAGGCAAACAGCACUGAUACACCCAGGACAACUCCUGUAUUCCACCGAAACGAUGCCCUAGCCGCCCUGGACUGAACUGUGCAUGCGGCAUCGUUACAGUGUUUUGGUUCAGGAGCUGAGUCAGAACGCUGCCUUCCCCGAGUGUCAGGCCACAGUCAUGGUGUUUAUCAACUACCUCCUCUCUUCCUGCGAGGACCUGCAGCAGAGACUGAGACUCAGGAGUGACCUCAACGAAACAACUUCCUGGCUGGAGAUGCAUCCUUUGGAUUAUAAGGAAGAGGUCACUUUUAGGUUUCCUUGGUGAGGCUACGUGUUUGAGCUUCACUGAAUCCUACUCUUCGUGAGCCUCUCUCUUGAUUUUUCAGACAUACUUGGAAUAAUGAGGUACACUGACAGCGCAGCGCUGCUCCAGCAGGUGAAGUUGUACGAGGAGGGACUAAUGAGAGAUAGGGAGGAGGCAGCCAUGCCUGGUGGGGUGGACAUAACUGAUCAUCAGCAGGUCUUCUCUGCCCUCUUUGAAAAGGUAUUUGGGACUCCAAACGCUGCCAAACUUCUUGUCAUUCUUCGGAAGAUGCUCCUGAUAGAGAGGGACACGCCCACUGGUGACAUCAUCUGGAAUGGACUGGAGACGAUGACUGAGGCAGCUCUCAAGAUAUACAGCGACCAGCAGGCGCAGCGGGUCGUUACCUCAGAGAUUGUGUCGCUACGGAGAGCACUAGAGGAAGAGGCAGCGAGGAAAUCGAGAGAGGUGGAAGAAACAAGUGGGGACCCCUCCUCCUCCUCCACUGAAUCUAAUAGUACAUCAGUUACUGGUGCAACUACUGACUCCAUUCCCACACCCUCUGUGCCUGGUAUCCCCGGGUCCUCCCCCUCCCCCUCCCCCUCCUCCUCAUUCAACCCAAUGAGUAAGACCGUGGCUGUCAUCAAAUCCGUCUUUGACAAAGCUCGCCACUAUACACCAACCAAGAAGAUGAAAAAAAUAAACUGGGAAAAGGCACCAGAUUACGAUGCCAAGCAAUCGUCUGCAGUGUGGCACGGGGCUGGUGAGGAGAGGGUUAAAGUUACCGUGAGCGAGACGCACAUCGAGACAUUUUUCUGUCAGAAAAACGAGGGAACAGAUGGAAAAUUCAGCGGGAAACCGAAGAAGACUCAUCUACCCAACCAGAAGAAAGCUCUGAAUGUCAGCAUUGUCCUGGAAGGGAUGAAGAGAGAUGACCCCACCCAACUGAGUGAUGGCAGCAGCAAGACCAGAAAGAAAAUCAUGACCAAUGAAGAGGUGUUGGAGGUGAUUCGAAGUGGCAGGUCCUCUGCUGUGACUCUCUGUCAGGCCACCAUCCUCUGGGAGCAAGCCCCCGACGAUAAAGAUGCAAGUUUUCUGGAGCCAUACAUGGACGACAAGUCAAGUCAGACAAAGAUAGGCAGAGUCGAGCAGUUUAUGGUUGGUCUCCUAGCAACCCCAGACCACACCCCCAGACUCAGGGUACUGAGGACGAAAAAAAUCUUUGAAGAUCUGGAGACUGACUACAGACCGACCUUUGAACUCCUUCAUGUGGCCACGAAAGAGCUGAUGAUGUCAAGAUCACUGAAAGAACUGCUUCACAUCAUUCUUCUCACUGGAAACUUUAUCAAUGGAGUGUGUGAGAGAGACUGUCCCAGACUGCUGAAGUUCCACACUGAGCUGCCACAUCUUGACGACGCCAGCAGAGUGUCAGUGGAGGCAGUGGCAGAGGAACUGGGAGGAUGGAGGAAGGAGGUGGACGAGCUGGAGGAGAUAGACUUGGAUUCAGUCAAGAGGAAGGGAAAGGAGUUGGCUCGCUAUUUCUGCGAUGACAGAGACAAUUUCCUGGAGGAAGUGUUUCUGGAGAUCAGAAACUUCUCCGAGGAGUUUGGCAAAACAGUCAAGGAGACUCUGCAAGAAAAUCCGAUUGUUUUGACCCCUGUUGGCCCCGUUUCCCACGGCAACCCUCCUCACUCUUCCCCCUCCCCUUCCCCCAAGUCACACAUUAUCUCGUCCAGGGCUAUCACGAGCUACAUCACUGUCCACCACACACGUAUUGGACCUCCCCCCGAUUUCAGAGAAAGAACGCGGCUCAUUGCACGACCGAGCAUUUCUCCACUGGCUUUAUCGUCAUCGGGAGUGACCUGACUAACCCGUUUGUAUUCCGUCAACGGGUUUGUGAAGGAUGAUGGUGGGUCGCCCCCUAUAAUCAUGGUGGCGCCACCAACUGACAUCGUUGUGACAGAUGUUGAAAACGGUGAGGAGAGGGGAGGAGAGGAUGAGAGGUCUUCAAGAACACAACUAAAGCCUGGCAAGAAUCGUUCUUCAUCCCAUGCCACUGCACAUCAUAAGUCCUCUCUUCGCGGGCCGCCCCUGCCGUCUCGAUACAAACGACACAGCGUCAGCUCCAUCGGGCACGCAUCUCUCUCCCCCCUCUCUCGUCAAUCAUCGUGGAACGAGUACAAAGGUCAUUCUCCGCCCGUUUACCGCAGGGGGGCAGGCUGGGGGCCUGAUUUUAACCGGAACCCCUCAUGCCCAGAACCCCGCACCAUAUUUGAUGGAAGCCUCGAUGAAGUUGCGAAACUUCUGCACAAAAUGGCCGAGGCAAUUGAGAGGGACAUGGACAAGAACUAACAAUGCACUCCAAACAAUCUUCAGUAUAAUACACAAUCCAAUCCUCGCAUAUUAUAUACACAUUUUUAAGCACAAUCUGUACACAAUCUAUUUCAGAGUUUUCA